AGUUCGGCGGACGCGCUCCGGGCCUCGAGGCGGCUUGAGCGUCUGUUUCACAACUUUUACCUUCUCCCUUGUUAUUGCACACUUUUGUUUUCUCCUCUCGUUUGACGCCCGGCCUCAUAGAUCUCACAUAUGUCUCGCAUACCGCAACCCUCGUCUUCACGAACACCGGCCUCGCGUGCACCAGCCCCCGCCAGCACGCCAACCCGAACGCGUACGACAAGCACACUCAAGCCGCCCGCUACUCCUGCCUCCCGCCUUCGUUCCCAGUCUCCCUCCAAAACUCCUGCGAAGGCGACACCUCGAGCGGCGGCCAAGCCACCUGCGCCGUCGGCAGAGAUGCCCUCGAAACCUGCCGUGAGCCUUCGGGAGGCUAUCGCCCUCAAGCGUGCCGAGGCAAAGAAAGCUGCGGCCUCUACACGAGGCGGUGGGGGUGGUGGACUUGGAGGAGGGUUCGACGAUUUCGGGUCUCUUGAGGACGCACUGCCUACCACGUCCAACAAGGACGAUGACGCCGUCUUAGAGCUCGGCCGUUGGUCUGUCAAGGAGACGAUCGAGCGUGCGCGGUCCACAGGCAACGUCAAUCUCUCCUCGCGCUCCUUGCCGUGCAUCCCCUCGGCGCUGUUCGAGAUCCACCUCGGCGUGCAGCCCGACCCGCUCGCGUCCGUCCCGGAGGAACCGCUCAUCUCCGAGCACUCGGGCUUGGAUACUGCCGGGGCCCGUAGGAGAGAGAACGGCUCGUCGGGGCCGUCGUGGUAUGAUGCGCAGGACCUGCAGGUGAUCAAGAUGUGGAACAAUGAGAUCGCGGAGAUUCAGCAUGAGAUAUCGCUGUUUGGGUCACUAAAGAUCGUUGAUUUGCACCAAAACAAACUCGAGAUCCUCCCAGACAGCUUCGCCGACCUGACAUCGCUCACGAAUCUUGAUCUAUCGCAGAAUGCGCUCAAGGCCCUCCCACGUGCGCUGUUCACCCUGCCGAACCUCACGAAUUUGAACGUGUCUCACAACAAGCUGACGGAGCUUCCAUUCGACGUCGCAUAUGAGGUCAACAAGGAGUCCCCCUACAAGAAACCCGACAGCUUCUUCGCACCCGCCGUCGCGCGCGCCGCCAUCCCCCUCCCACAGCUUAUCGCCCUCGACGCAUCACACAACAUCAUCCCAGCGUCAAAGAUCGACCACAGCGAACGCAGCCUCCCGCCCCUCCUGACUAAGGUCGAUCUAUCCGAAAACCCGCUCUCCUCUGACGGCGCCAGCACCGUAGGAUCCCUGCUAACCGCCCUCGGACGCCUCACGAAGCUCAGCGAGCUCCGGCUCGAGAAGGCGGACAUCGACGAUGCGGCGCUCGCAGCUCCAAACGUGCCGGGCCUGUUCCCCAAACUAUGCACGUUCGAUGUGGGCGAGACGCAGGUGACGGCUGAGGUGCUGGGGCUGUACUUCGAAGGUAUUGGGCGACCGCUGUCGAUGGAUAUUACCAUGGAGGAUCCGCCCGAAGGCACAGUGCGCGGCGUGGUGGGUAAGAAGGUCAUGAAAGAGGCGUGGGAGAUCGACGCGGAGCGGCGGGCUGCUAGGAGGGGAGGUAGAGGUGGGGUAGCUGAGCAGGCGAGUGUGGACAGAGGCGCAGCGGGCCCUAGGGCUAGGGCGGAGGGGGCGAAGAAGCAAGAGGAGCCGCUGAAGGAGGCAUGGGAGAUAGAGGCGGAGCAAGGCUUGCUCACGGAGGGCGGGAAACGGCGCGCGAGGGCGGCUGCAGCUGCCGCAGCCGUCGAAGCUGCUAAACCCGUCAGUGUCAAAGCCAAGGAAGUGCCUUCCCCUGCGUCGAAGUCGCCUUCACCACCGCCGAGCGUCGGCGCAGCCCUUAUGAAUCCGAAAUAUUUCGACGCGCGGAUGCUCACACUCGCCCUCCCAGCUCUGGCGGCGCCGUCGAAGGCGCACGGGCGCUCCGUCUCGCUUGCUGCGUCCUCGUGGGGUCGGCUUGGCGGCAAUGACAAGCAGUCGGGAUCCAACACCGAUAUUGCGCUUCCCACACCUAGUGCACCACUCGCGUCUAUUGCAGCGCAGAGCUACGUAGGCGCAUUGCGCCAGCUCACACUGAGCAACCGCAAGCUCGACGCCGCGUUCACCCUCCUGGCCUCUCGUUCCUCAGACGACGGACUCUUCCCGAGCGUCGAGGAUCUCUCCCUCGAUGGAUGCGGCUUCGGGGACACCGUUGCCGUUUCUCGCAUCGACCCUUCUUCGUCCUCCGAUGGCUCGUCCUCAGGAUCCCCGAGAACGCAAGAAUCCCUCCUCCCGCUCAUCGCACGCCUUUUCCCGAGCCUGCGCACGCUUGAUCUCAGCUACAACGCGCUCACGUCCUCCGCGUUCUCCUCGCCCGAAAUCCUGCGCGGUCUCAUCCUCGCUUCGCACGAUCCAAGCUCCGGUGACGCGGCCGCGGAUGACAGCGCUGCGGACUCUUUGGGAAACCGAGACCCAGACCAAGCGCGCCGCGCGGGCCUGCGCCACCUCCGCCUACGCAGCAACCGGCUCGUGAACCUGGACGGGCUCGCCACGCUCGCGGGUGCGUUGUUUCGCGGGCACAGGGCCGAAGCGCGGUGGAAGCUCGAGGAGCUCGACGUGCGGGACAACGAGCUGGCGCGGCUCCCGGCCGAGGUGGGGUUGUUGCCGAUGGACGUGUUCCUCGUUGAUGGGAAUGUGUUCCGAAUUCCUCAGCGAAGAGUAUGGGAGCGCGAGGGAACGAAGGGGCUGCUGAGCUGGUUGAGAGGACGCAUUGAAUAAGAGCUCACGGGAUGGACUUCAGGGUGAUUGUAUCAGGUUCAACUGUCGUAAUACCGAUGAGAGGUUUAACUCUCCGGACAUGUGUCCAUAUUGCCACCAUGUUUUUAUUUCAUUUUCUUUAAUAGUUCAACGGCUGCGUUGAACCGUC